ACUGCAAUCCAUGCCCGUCAUCUGAUGCCUGUCAGGACCACAGGCUCAUCAGCAUACCAUCACUGGAAAGGCAAUGCGAUACGCUCACUCCUCGGUCCAUGAGCACUGCAGCAGGUUCUACAGGUGAUCGCGGACGCCCAGUGGACAGCGUAUUUGCUCUCGUUGGGAUCAAACCUUGGAGCAACAUCAAUGAUUACCUACCCACCUAGGUACCUGAAACGCGAAGGCCCAACUGCAUAUCGGGUAGUCCUUCCUCACAACCGCAGGGCACGAAUUCUGCACGGCAGAAUAGCCACCCUGGAAGAGGAACAGGCUACUGAAAUAUUGGAUUAGCAAGCGUUCGAGUGCAGUCACCGCUGCUUCGCCACACACCUAAUUCACCAAGGGAACGACCUGCUGCCUCAUUAUCGGUCACACGAAGGGCGCACUUCUUCAUCUCCUCUUCUACAUCUCACGAUUUAUUCCACAUUUCCACUCCCCGGAACGGGAUGAGCAACAUGGCGGGGGACCUACAGGAUGUCAAGGAAAUCCAAUCGAUCUCCACACCCGAGCCUCCUCCUGAACAGCAACUUAGCAAUGGGCGGGCCAACACACCCAGCACCCCGGGCGUCUUCACCUCGUUUGACUGGGAAGACUUUGAGGCCAGGUAUCACAAGGCUCUCACAGAUGCCGAUGGCAAGGAACAGGAACUCAUGAAUGAGUUCAACGAGCUGGUCAAGUUCUUCAACAUUUGGGCAGCAUCAUCGAGUGCUCAUGAUACUCAGCGCGCAGUAAAGCGACUCCAAACCCGACAGCGUUUUGUCAAUCUUUCUGAGCAGACAAUGGCGCAGCGGCAGCAGCACAUGACUGAAGUUCUUCAAGCUUUCCAGAGUGCCUUGGCCCUUCUUGGUCAAACCGAUUCUUGAUCACCAAGGCAGGUUUGUGAUGAAGCCAAUGCAAUUAUGCUUGAGAGAUGGGAGUGGGGGCCGGGUUUUAUGUAUGCAGAUGGACCUGCCUGCCACCUCACUCCCUCGAUGUCAAGUCUUGUUAUUGAGCAUCAAAAACGACGCGAUGUAGCAGACUUUAUUCUGUCGUGCUCAAUCGGCAGAUGCGAAUUCGUGCCGUGUCGUUGCUCCGCGAACCUGCUGUGCACGUGACCCUGGCUCGUCCUGGGAAAUGGCACCUGAAGUUUUCCUCAUUGCGACCAGACGCGACCAACCUGAUCUCAUCAACGUCGGGUUUGGCCUCAGCACCAAUAACUUUUUACGCCGGCGCUAAUAGAUUGAGACCUCGCCCCGAUCCAUUGCUGUCCGUCUCUUUCUUUUUAAUGGUAAGGAUGGCCUCUUCAGCAAGAACACCUCGAGCUGUCCAUGCGGCAUUCCCACCACCACAGAUCAGUCACCACGAGCUUGUGGCUUUCCAUGAAGCGCACUUUUCACAUUCUGCUAUCGGCGGCUUUACUUCUGACUUUCUCAACCCCCAGAGAGAAGCUUCUCAAAUUCAUAACCUGGAUGAUGCCGAGCCUGAGUUACAAGACGAUGAUGACGGCCUCGGCUACUACGAUGACGGCGUCAAACGCACUUUGACCGACGAACAAAUUGCCAUGUUUCGUCAUUCAGAGCUCGAGGCUUUACGUCGUAAGGGCGAAAAGCUACCUGUCAUCGUUGAUCAAGCCAGCGGAAACGAAGCUGAAGAUGGCGAAGUUGAAGAUGGUGGAAAUGCAACCUCCAACGCAAAGCCAACCCCGACUGCAUCCUCCGGGGCCGGUAAGAAAAAGAAGAAAGGCAAGAAAUCCGCCCGGAGCAAGCCGUAUGAGCCGAAACCCGAUCUGCGAAAGCGAACUUGGGACAUCGUUGAAACGGGUCUCGACACUCUUGAAUACGACUGAACGUACUUCGGAUUCUCGCACACCAUCUCGUCGUCCACAGUGUCUACCGAAGGCACCGAAGACCCUCAACCGAUGAAUAAUGACGCGCUCGCACCUCCUCUGAGGUAUUCGUCUGGCCAGACGAUUGCCCACUUGCAUCCCUCACGGCAGAAAAAUAGGGCACAUGCCUGCCUGCAGUCAAACUUGGCCCCUCUCAUAGGCCUGCACCUUAGCAGACGCAUGCGAGGUGCAGGUACGAAGCGUGAGGCCUCGAGGAAGAUAAGCCAUUCCCUCGAGGGAGGCGAUGCCGGGCUGCUGCUACACGCGCAUCACGGAAUCCUUCUUGAGGAGUCAGCAUAAGCCCAGCACGAUGAAUUCUGCGGGCGUUAAGUAGUGGGUACGGCGCUUAAGGAUUAUGGAGGCAAUGUGACCACCAGCCCACCAGCAAAACCCUCAUGGGCCUACAGGCAUCUUCGGGUGACACGAAAUCCGACAUGAGGUCACUUUUGUGAUUUGAGAGGAGAGUGACGGGAAGAUGGGAACAGAAGUCACCGAGGUUUACCUGCAAGCGCAACAGGACGCGUCACGCCAUCGAAUUGGACGCUGCGCAGGUGUAUGGCAGAUAGGCUUACAGAAGAAACUCUUGAUAUUGGAAGUAGCGUUAAAACCCGCUGAGGCCAAUUGAAUUUAAAGUGGCAUGCGACAGUGGCCCCCCAAUCAAUCCUCC